UCAUAGCACGUCACUCGUUGAUCGGAACCCCAACGUUUUCUACAUAGACCUCUACAACUAACUAUACUUCAAUAAAGAUUUGUUUUUGAAAUGGCGGAAAACAGAGCUCGUAAAUCAGGAUUUGCUGCCGAGGCUUUCAACAAAGUAAAGGCCAAGUAUGACCCUCAACUCGCGUCUGAACUGUUGAACUGGAUUAAAGACCUCACAGGUGAAGAUAUCAGUACAGAUGGAGACAGUAAGAACUUCUACGAUACGUUGUGUGAUGGGAUAAUCCUUUGCAAGUUAAUCAACGUCCUUCAACCGGGUACUAUCCCAGAAAAAAAGAUCAACCACAGUAAAAUGGCAUUUAAGAAAAUGGAGAACAUUAAUCACUUCUUAGACAGUGUCCAAAAACUAGGAGUCCCAUCUCAGGAGAUAUUUCAGACUGUAGACUUAUGGGAGCAGCAGAAUUUGACAUCUGUUUGCAUUUGCCUCCAAUCCUUAGCCCGCAAGGGAAGUAAGUUUGGCCACAAAUCCCUCGGUCCUAAAGAAGCAGAAACCAAUGUUCGAAACUUUAGUGAAGAGCAACGGAGAGGGGGCGCUACUGUCAUCAGUUUACAGUACGGGUCAAAUAAAGGCGCCAAUGCGAGCGGAGUUAACUUUGGUAACACUCGUCACAUGUAGAUCUCUUAGUUCGCGAUUAUAUGAUUUAUUACCAUCAUAAUUAACAAUUGUAUAAUUAACAUUAUAUGGAAACAAUAAUAAAAAUGGUAAUUCUGGAG